CAUCGGAGCAAAUCUGAAAGCAUGAACGUUGAGGUUGUAGCAUGCACCAUGAAGUCCCUGACUGUUCUCUGGCUGCUCUUUGCAACACGCUGCACAGCAUUCCCUGUUGGAACCUGGACAGACACUGAUGGGGGAGAUGGCUAUUUUUCAGAAACAGGUGAAAUCCAUCAGUCAAGAAGUUUAGCUCCCAGCACAUCUUCAGACAAGACGGGUCAGACGCAAAACUUUUUUGAUUUGGACAUUAAAGGAAGACUGGAUGAAGAAACCAUAGACAAGAUGCAAAAACCAAAGUGCGGUUUCUCUGAUGUAGCUGAAUUCAGCUUUUUCUCUGUGAAGCUAGUGUGGCAGAAUAAGAACCUGACAUACAAGAUUCUGAAUUAUACAACAACCAUGGCUAAAAAUGAGGUGGACUGGGCAAUCCAGAAAGCUUUCAAGAUCUGGAGCGAUGUCACCCUUUUUACAUUCACCAGAAUCUAUGACAAUGUCUCUAAUAUUGAGAUUUCAUUUGUAUCCCGAGAUCAUAAUGACCAUCAUCCUUUCGACGGCCCAUCUGGCAUACUGGCACACGCAUUUGCACCUAAAAAUGGACAAUUACAUUUCGAUAAUGAUGAAAAAUGGACUAAUGGGUCUCAUGGUGAAAACCUGUUUAACGUGGCCACCCAUGAAAUUGGCCAUUUGCUUGGACUCUACCAUUCUAACGACUCAAACGCUGUUAUGUAUAAAUUUUACCGUGAAGUUGAUCCUAAUGCAUUACAGCUUUCAAAGGAUGAUAUUGACGGCAUACAAUCCCUCUACGGUGUAAAAAAAAAUCCUGUUCAGCCUGCGGCACCAAACACCACAAAUAAUUGCCUCCCAAAUAUAACAUUUGAUGCAGUUACAACUCUGAGUGGGGCAAUUCUGUUCUUUCAAGAUGGACAUUUUUGGCGCAAGAUCCCCCAGAAUGCCAAAAUUGAUCUCCUAUCCAUCAGCUCAUUCUGGCCUCCCCUGGCAAAUGGCAUUCAGGCAGCUUACGAAUAUCCAAAGAAAAAUCGAGUUUUUCUCUUUCAAGAAACAAAAUACUGGGCUCUAAAAGGUUAUGAAAUGGAGAAGAAUUACCCUAAAAACAUCUCUGAACUUGGAUUUCCCCGGACUGUACAUAAAGUAGAUGCUGCUGUUCACGAUGAAGAAACAGAGAAAACGUAUUUCUUUGUUGGUGACAAAUACUGGAGUUACGAUGAACAAAAAUCACGAAUGGGCAAAACCGAUCCUCAAAACAUUACUGAAGGUUUCCCGGGUAUUGGAAACACGGUUCAAGCAGCCUUUAAGUAUAAUGGAUCGCUGUAUUUUUUCAAUGAAGAUCAACAGUAUGAAUACAACAUGAAGAAGAAGAAAGUCACUCGUCUGCUGAAGACCACUAGUUGGUUCAACUGCUAAUCAGAAAAUGGUGGACAUUAUACAUCCAAGAGUUUCAAAGACAUCACUUUAUUUUCUGUAUUAUUUACUUAUAGUUCAAAUCUGAAUAAGAUUCUGAAACUUUUCCUAUCUUGUAUGCUUUACUUAAAUACAAACACAAUGUUUAUGUGCUGUGUGACAAUAGACUUUCUGUGUAGAUUUGUGCAGAAAGGCCAUUUCUGUUUUAUUUGUAGUUUAAUUGUACAGCCUUCAAAAAGACAUUAAGGAUGCUUUAUUAUUUGGGAAUGACACAAAAUGUACCUUAAAGUCUUGGCAUUUUACUGCCAAUAGAUUUGCCACAUUAGUGCCACC